CUUCCCUCCCUCCCUGCUUCCCGACGGGCCGCCGCCGCCACCGCCAUCAUGAUGCUGCUGGGCCGCGGGCUGGACGCCAGGGACAAUCAGACUAGACAAAUACAAGAUGCUGUUUCAAAUGUGGAAAAACAUUUUGGUGAAUUAUGCCAAAUAUUUGCUGGAUAUGUACGUAAAACUGCCAGACUACGAGACAAAGCAGAUCUUCUAGUAAAUGAAAUAUAUGCAUAUGCAGCCACAGAGACACCAAACUUAAAAGUUGGACUGAAAAACUUUGCAGAUGCAUUUUCCAGACUUCAGGAUUAUCGCCAGGCAGAGGUCGACAGGCUUGAAGCCAAGGUUGUUGAACCUCUGAAAUGUUACGGGACCAUAGUGAAACUUAAAAGGGAUGAUCUUAAAGCAACUUUAACAGCAAAGAACCGAGAAGCCAAGCAAUUAUCUCAGCUGGAAAAGACACGUCAGCGGAAUCCAUCAGAUCUACACAUUAUUACACAGGCUGAAAGUGAACUGCAGAGAGCGACACUGGAUGCUACUCGAACAACUCGGCAAUUAGAGGAAACUAUUGAUAAUUUCGAGAAACAGAAGAUAAAGGACAUCAAAAACAUCUUUUCUGAAUUUAUAACUAUUGAAAUGUUGUUCCAUGGGAAAGCUUUAGAGAUAUAUACUGCUGCCUACCAAAAUAUCCAAAAUAUUGAUGAAAAUGAAGAUUUGGAGGUUUUUCGGAGCUCACUUUAUCCAUCGGACUAUCAGUCUCGCCUAGACAUAGUUCGUGCAAAUUCCAAGUCCCCCCUGCAAAGAACUGCCUCCUCAAAAUCUUCACUGAGGACAGUACAGAUUUCCCGCAGUAUGCAAAGAAAAGAUGAAGAGGAGGAGGAAGAUGAGGAUGAGGAAGAGGAGGAUGAUGAGGAGGAAUUUGAUGCUACUAAGGAAGUGAGAUAACAAAGCUGUUCUAAGAGGGGGUUUUUUAUUAAGGGGGAAAAAAUCCCUUUACCUAAAGGCUUUUGUGUGUUAAAAUUUCACUGAGGCUGUAUAUUUAAAAUUCUAACAGGAACAAGAAUCAGCACUAAUUCUACAGUGCCAGACAACAAAUGACCAGUUUCAAAGAAUGGAACAAAAUCUGCUGAAAAUGGACAAUUUCAGUAGUUAGAAAAUGAAAUAUUUAAAUAGAAUCCUGUAUUAUAUUUGCAUAAAUGUUGUAUUGCAGUCACAUAUUUGCUUAAACUUACAUAAACAGUGUCCAAAAACUGCACUAAGCUGACAAGCAAUUAUGAACAUAAGGGUUUGCUGGUUACUUUGCCAAUAUAUUACCUUGUUCUUUAGCUAAACACCUAUUCCAUUUAGUAAGUCCUCUAGCUGUACCUGUCAUAAUUGGGUUUAUACAUCCUAAAUUAAUUGUAGUAAACAAGAAACUGUUUGCAGCAACAGCAUUUUAAGAUUUCACUGUUACCCACCUUGGAUUGCAGAUGGCAGGGUGAGGUGUAUUGUUUUCUCGUUUUCAUUUUCCUCAGGCUUUCCUCAGGCUAAGAUGACUUGAUUCCUUUACACAUACAGAAUGAAUGCUCACAAAUAAGGACCGAGCCCAGUGUCUACGUUUAAUGCUGCUUUGCUUUAAAUAAAAGUGCCUUCAUUAUAAAAUUA